GUGAUGGCGUCUGCAGGGCUGCAAAUUUUGGGCAUUUCGUUGGCCGUGAUCGGAUGGCUGGGAGACAUUAUAAUCUGCGCUCUUCCCAUGUGGAAAGUUACUGCAUUUAUUGGAAACAACAUUGUAACGGCUCAGAUUAGCUGGGAGGGUCUGUGGAUGAACUGUGUGGUACAAAGUACCGGACAGAUGCAGUGCAAAGUGUACGACUCCAUGUUGGCCCUUCCCCGGGACCUGCAGGCAGCUCGUGCGCUGGUCGUCAUCUCGGUGCUGGUGGCCCUCUUCGGAAUUCUGCUGUCGAUCUCCGGGGGAAAGUGCACCAACUGCAUCGAGGACGAGCACUCCAAGGCCAAAGUCGCCAUCGCCGCCGGGGUGUUCUUCAUCGCGGGUGGAAUUCUUUGUCUCAUUCCAGUCUGCUGGUCCGCGAACACCAUCAUCCGCGACUUCUACAACCCCAUGCUCGUCGAUGCGCAGAGGAGAGAACUUGGAGCUUCGCUGUUCAUUGGCUGGGGAUCAGCCGGCCUGCUGCUUCUCGGUGGAGGACUUCUCUGCUGCCAGUGUCCCCGUAAGGAAGGUCGCCCGUACACGGCCAAAUAUUCCGCCGCCAAGUCCAACGCGAGUGGAGGGGCCUACGUGUGA